GAAGUGGAGUUCUAGUCCAUCAGAGAGCAGGAAACUGCAGGCAAUAGAGACGGUACUCCUGUAUGAGUUCACCUUCACAUUUAUAACUACCCUCAAAACAACUAUUUAGCUUGUCCUCUGGAUUCCUAACAUCAUGAACGGGUCAGCAAUGUAUACUGCGCCUAUCGUGCUGGAUAUAAAGUUGAAAAGAGGACCACAAGGUCUGGGGUUUAACAUCGUGGGGGGUCUGGACCAGCAGUAUGUCCUGAAUGACAGUGGGAUUUAUGUGGCCAAAAUCAAACAGAAUGGAGCAGCAGCGCUGGAUGGAAGAUUACAAGAAGGAGACAAGAUAUUGGCGAUUAAUGGUCACAAGCUGGAGCACCUGUCACACAGUGCUGCGGUGGAUCUCUUCACGUCAGCGGGAGAGGACGUGCAGCUUCGCGUGCAGCAGAGGCCCACCAUGGCCAUGAAUGUUCCCCCCAGUUCCAGGCCUGACGGCGACUCUUCUGUCUCCUCCUUGGUAAUACUUGUGGCCGUCCUGGGAGCUGCUGCAGCCGUUACUGUCCUCUACAUGCGCUUCCAGCCACAGCUGAGGAGGCAUUUUUAACACACUAAUUUUCUCCUCCAAAGCUUCUUUUUUUUUUUUUUGAGCAAAAGCUGGGACUGAACUUUGCUGAAGGCCAAAAAAAAAAAAAAGUAAGAAACGAACUAGAAAAAAACAAGUAAGCCAUGUUUCCAAUUUAUAGUUGUUCAUGUGGUUAGAAUUAUAAUUAUGCAUCCCCCCUUCCUUCUGUGUAUUUUGUUCUCUUGCCACAGGGAUAACAACCAUGACAUGACGAGCUAACCUUGUCGUUGUAUAACUAAGAAAGCUGUAGGAUUCACAAUAAACAUGGCAUUCCUACUGCUGAGCGGAGCUGUGCUCCUCAGACAGAAG